GGCCGUAGAGCAAAAUGAAUAAAUUUACAAUAAUAACCCUCAACCAUUAAACCCUUUAUUUCUCACUCUCUCUCAGUACCUCAUCUCACUACAGUACGCACUCACCUUGGUCUCUGCAACACCACGCCCAGCCUCACACAGAUGGAGACGUUCUUGUAUUCAUUGUAGUGUCGUCAGGACUCUUAUCUGGGCAAUUGUUGAUGUAUCUUGUAAUAAUCACAUAUUGUAGUUAUAAAUCUAAAGGCAGCAGCCACAAAGUAGGCCAAUUCCAUCUUAUGGUCGCUAUUAUCAUCUUCAAUCGUGGGUAAUCAUUCUGCAUUAUCAUGGACCAUAAAGAUAAUCAAUCUCCUCAAGUUCGGAUUCUGCUCGAAUUCUUGGAGGUUGCAAUUACUUCAGUUGUUUUCCUUAAAGGAGUUUACCCUUCAGGUGCUUUUGAAAGAAGGAGGUAUAUGAAUUUGGUAGUUCAAAGAGCUCGCCAUCCCGAACUUAGAGAUUAUAUCCAUUCUUCAGUUUGGGGACUUCUUCCUUUCAUUGAAAAGGAUUUGGUUGAAAGAGUAGCAGUAAUCUUCUUCAAUGCAGACAACAACCCUGUGGAAAGAUUUAUCUUCAAGCUUGUGGUGAACCAGUCUUAUGGCUCUAAGGUUGAAGAAGCCGACUUGGAGUUCUCCCUUAGGUCGUUUUUGAUCAAGCUUUCUGUCUCAGAACCACUUACUAAUGUUCUUUCUCAUGAUUGCAGGUGGGAGAUUACAGCUUAUUUCCGAUCCCUCCCUGAUAAAAGUACAAGUAAAGAUGCAGGGUUAUGGAUUCCAACAGACACAAAACAAUGGCAUCAACCUCCAUUGAUAACUCCAAUCAAGUCAAUGAGUAGUGAACCUCUGUCUUUACAGUUAUACCUAGAACAUCCAAGUCUGAAUUAGGCUUCCCCAGUUAUACUUAAAACUUCUUACAUGUGUUGUAAGAACUCUUGUGAGGACUUGUGCUUUAUGCUCCUCACCAAGAGUGCUUCGAAAGUAAAUAAAUAAAUAUUGCUUCUUCACAAGUUCGGUUUGAUCUGGGUGAUUGAUUUCACAGAGUAGAUUCUAAGAUUCUCUCCCAUUUACUGUAACCACUUCCUUUUGUCUCAGUUUACAGUGUUUUUUUUAAGUACAUUUUUAUUGGAUUCAUAAAAUUAAGUUGUUGAUUUCAUGUUAUGGCUAAGGCACUGAGUCACUAUUAAGUGUUUGUAAAAAUUUCUCACAAGAUUUCACUCUUGCUUUUGAUCCCAUAUUUAUAUUAUAUAAGACUCAAGUUUUUCUACUUC